AUAAUAAUUAUACUUAUGCUGUUUUUGUUCGAGAAUUUUUUAACUCUACAAGUCAUUACAAAAUGUCGGAUUCUCAGAAAAAUUCGAGCGUAUACAAUCUUCAAGAACCACAUUCAAAAUCAGUUAAACGAUUAGAAAAGGAAAAAGAAAAGCUUGCUAAACUUGAAAAAUUCAAGCAAAAACAAGAAAAAAAAAAAAUUAUUUCUGAUGAAAAACUUAAAGAAAGAUCAAAGAAAAAUAUUGAAAAAAAGGAAGAAAUUAAACAGCCAGCUACAUAUAUGUUGAAUAUCAUACCAGGCCACAAGAAAGAUGUUUCAUGUUCAUUACCAGAUAAUUAUAGUCCACAAUAUGUUGAAGCAGCUUGGUAUUCAUGGUGGGAGAAAAGUGGAUUUUUCAAACCUGAAUAUAAUAGGAGAAGAGAAGGAAAGGUUUCAAAUAAAAAAUUUGUAAUGGUAAUUCCACCACCUAAUGUUACUGGUUACCUUCAUCUUGGUCAUGCAUUAACAAAUGCUAUUCAAGAUGCAAUUGUAAGAUGGAAUCGAAUGAAAGGACAUAUGACUCUGUGGAAUCCAGGAUGCGAUCAUGCUGGUAUUGCAACACAAGUUAUUGUAGAAAAAAAAUUAUGGAGAGAAGAAAAAAAGACACGCCAUGAUUUGGGACGUGAAAAAUUUCUUGAAAAAAUUUGGGAUUGGAAGAACGAAAAAGGUGAUAGAAUAUAUGAUCAAUUGAAAAAAUUAGGAAGUUCAUUUGAUUGGGAAAGAGCCUGUUUUACAAUGGAUCCUAAAUUAUCUCGAGCUGUUACUGAAGCAUUUAUUCAACUCCAUGAUGAUAAUUUAAUUUAUAGAAGCAACCGGCUUGUUAACUGGUCAUGUACAUUAAGAAGUGCUAUUUCUGAUAUAGAGGUAGAUAAAAUAGAAUUGACUUGUAAAACAUUACUUUCUGUUCCUGGAUAUGAAGAUAAAAUUGAAUUUGGUGUUUUGGUAUUAUUUUCUUAUGAAAUUGAUAAUUCUGCUGAUAGAAUUACAGUAGCAACUACUAGGAUUGAAACGAUGCUAGGAGAUACUGCUAUUGCUGUUCAUCCAAAUGACAGUCGGUACUCACAUUUAAUUGGUAAAUUUGCUAAACAUCCUUUUUGUAAUAGAAUGUUGCCCGUUAUUGCCGACACUUAUGUUGACAUGGAAUUCGGUACAGGCGCGGUAAAAAUAACUCCUGCUCAUGACCCUAAUGAUUAUGAAAUUGGUAAAAAACAUAAUUUAUCGUUUAUUACAAUUUUCGACGAUGAUGGCAAUAUUAUUGGAGAUUAUGGAAUUUUUUCGGGAAUGAAGCGUUUUCAUGCUAGAAAAGCAAUUAUAAAAGAGUUAACAGAUAAAAAUUUAUUUGUUGAAGUUAAAGAUAACCCUAUGAUUGUACCUAUUUGUAGCAGAUCCAAAGAUAUUGUGGAACCUCUUGUGAAACCUCAAUGGUAUAUUAAAUGUAAUAAUAUGGCAAAAAAUGCAGCUGAAGCUGUGAAAAGUGGAAAAUUGAAAAUAAUUCCUGAACAAUUCAAAAAAAAAUGGUAUUAUUGGAUGGAGGGUAUCAGAGAUUGGUGUAUUUCACGGCAACUUUGGUGGGGCCAUCGUAUUCCAGCAUUUUUUGUUUCUAUUGAUAAUUGUUGCAUAGAGGUGUCAGACGAUGAACGAUGGAUCAGUGCACAUUCAGAAGAAGAAGCUAAAAUAAAAGCAGCCAUAAAAUUUGGAGUUAAUAAAGAUCAAAUUAAGCUUAAACAAGAUCCAGAUGUAUUAGAUACUUGGUUCUCUUCUGGCCUUUUUCCAUUUUCAAUUUUUGGUUGGCCUGAUCAGACUGAAGAUCUUAAAACUUUCUAUCCUGGAAAUCUUUUGGAAACUGGUCAUGAUAUUCUUUUUUUUUGGGUAGCAAGGAUGGUAUUUUUAGGGCAAAAAUUAUUAGGGCAAUUACCAUUUAAAGAAAUCUAUUUGCAUGCAAUGGUAAGGGAUUCUCAUGGUCGAAAAAUGAGUAAAUCUUUAGGAAAUGUAAUAGAUCCAAUAGAUGUAAUUCAUGGCAUAACUUUAGAGAAUUUACAUAAGCAGUUAAUGAAGUCCAAUUUAGAACCAAAGGAGUUAAAACAGGCAAUUGAAAGUCAAAAGCGUGAUUUUCCGCAAGGUAUACCUGAGUGCGGUACUGAUGCUUUACGCUUUGCUCUUUGUGCCUACACUUCGCAAGGACGGGAUAUUAAUUUAGAUAUAAUGAGGGUGCAAGGAUAUAGAUUUUUUUGUAACAAGCUAUGGAAUGCCGUAAAAUUUGCUUUAACAUACUUUGGUAACAAUUUCAAGUAUGAUGAAAUUGAGGAUAUUAAGUUUAUUGGAAAUGAAUCAAACAUUGAUUUAUGGAUGCUUUCAAGAGUGAGCAAUGCCACUAAAAUUUGCGAUGAUGCAUUUACACGAUAUGAUUUUAAUGCAGCAACUACUGCUUGUUAUAAUUUGUGGUUAUACGAUUUAUGUGAUGUAUAUCUGGAAUGCUUAAAGCCUGUUUUUCAGACAGAAAAUGAACCACAGAAAAAAACGGCUCAACGUGUUUUAUUUAAAACUUUGGAUGUAAGUUUACGAUUAUUGAGUCCAUUUAUGCCUUUUAUUACAGAAGAACUGUAUCAACGUUUACCAUAUAACAAUUUAGUUUAUCCCAGUAUAUGUAUUUGUCCAUAUCCGACAUCUACUGAGUGUUGUUGGAGAAAUGAAGAUUUGGAAAGGGAUAUAGAUUUUGCUCAAAAAAUUAUAAAAAGUAUUAGAUCAUCUCGAGGUACCUAUAAUGUUCCAAAUAAAUUGAAGACAGAAAUUUAUGUUGCUUGUCAUGAUCUAAAAUGUACUGAGAAGAUUUUUAAAUAUUCUGAUGUCAUUAGUAUUUUGGCAUACUCAAUUAUCCAUUUAGAAAAGCCUCCAGUCGGUUGUGUAAUCCUAACAAUUUCUGACAAAUUACAGAUACAUCUAUUGUUAAAGGGCUUAAUCGAUCCCAUCAAGGAACUAGAUAAAUUAAAAAAAAAAGAAGCACAAUUGGUUAAAACAGUACAGAAGUUGAAACAAACUAUCUUAUCUACAGAUUACAAUAUUAAAGUUCCUACUAAUGUACAAGUAAUAGAUAAAGAAAAAUUAGCUAGCAGUGAAGGCGAGAUACAGAGAUUAAUUGAAGCAAUGCAAGCUCUACAAUCAAUGUAAAUUAAUACAAGAUUUUAAAUAACAUUUUAAUACGAUUUUUAAUAAAGUUCAUUAUGAUUAUUAACCAAAGAUCUUGGUCAGCAUCC